GUAACCUUCUAUAUUUCUCCGAUUAAAUCAUUCAACUAUUCAUCUUCCUCUAUCUCUACAUAUCCCCCAAUUUUCUCAGUCCAUCAAUAGUGAAGACGUUGUCAAAAAAGUCGUACAAAAGAAUGGUAGCUUUUAAGAAUUUGGUGAAGGUGAUAUGUUUCAUUGAACUGAUUGAAAAGAUGUUGAUUUACACUUUCACUAUUCGAUUUCCUUUGGAUUGGCUGAAACUGAUAUACAUAAUCCAGGGGAAAGAGAAGGAAGGGUUAAACCAUAGAGGAUUUGAGUUAUAAGAGUUGGAGAAGAAAUCUGAGGCAGAUCUCAGCGCUGAUAACAGAGACUAGCAACCAGAUCUGGUAGUACUUUAUUUUAACUCUUAAGAAACAAAUACUUUGUUCUUCAGUGAUCUGGUUACAAGUUGCUAACAAUGGGAGGAAGUUAAUGAUUCGAUCAACAAGGUUCCAUGAGAGUUUCUAUUCUACUCACAGGAACCAUCACCGUGUCGUCUCCUCUCAUCCGCUGCUUCGCCGUGAUGAGCAGCCUUCAAAGUCGACUUCUUGCAAAGCAGUGUCGAGGGACAUGAAUCGAGCAUUCAUGUCUUUGUCCGUCGGUCGUUGUGGGUUUUAUGGACUGGGAGUUUUGAAUCGGGCUUGGCCGAGCAGACCAGAACGAGCAUCUCAACCUCCAGCCAUCGCUUGCUGCGUUCUUCGCGUACAGAAGCUUGAGCUUGGGUCGAGGGAGAUGAAGCGGGCUUGAUGAUCUUCGUGGAGUGGUCGAUUUGUGUUGUUCGGAUCAAGAGCCAACUUUUGAUGCUUGAGGUUUGAUUUUGAAUUAAAGGUUGUGAAUCCAUUGGACUUAACACGUGUAGAGGAAGGUUCAUCAGGAGACUCAGGAGCAUCUGUUGCAUCAAGACAAUUUAGUUGAACUUCAGAACGCAGUUGACCCAUCUGCCGUUGUAUCCUUUGUUGAGUCAUUCUCUUUUUUUCUCAGGUUAACAAUGCCGGUACUAUCAAUAAGAACAGCAAGAUUUGGGAAGUCUAUGUGGAAGAUUUCGACAGUGUUAUUAAUACAAACGUUAACGGAGUAGUAAAUGUACUGCACAGUUUCAUCCCUUUGAUGCUCCCAUGGAAGCAAGAAAUGAUGUUUGGAUACCUCUCUAAUAAGCUAAAGUGAAGCCUGAACUGAAAUCCAGUGGCAACGGAGGUAGCUGAAGGAAUGGCAGUGGUUGCAUUAAAUCCAGGCGUGAUCAACACAUAAUUGCUCACUCCCUGCUUUGGCAACACAGCUUUAUUGUAUCAAGCUCCUGAUGACAUAUUUUAAAACAAAUAUAUACAUUCGCUUCAAUUCUGUUCUUCAUAACUCCGAAUCAUAAUUAUGCGCUGUAUGGUCUCUCCUAAGCCUUUGAUGUGUGAUGGAAAAUGUAACAGGGAUGUGAAAACUGCAACAAUGAUUCUGAACCUUACAGCGGGUGAUAAUGGCAAAUCUCUUACUGUCUAACAACUAAACUUCACUCUUCUUUUCGACUUCAGUGAUAUGGAUAAGGAGCUUCCUCAGCAGAGCCCUUUGCUUUGAGGCUUUAAUU